CAGAGUUUUCCUUAAAGUUGAAAAACAAGAAAAAAAAUUAGCGUGUUAAAAAAAAGAUUUAUAAGUAGAGAGAAAAAAUCUGCGGAAAAUUUUUUGAAAAAUUUUUAAAUAAAAUGUGUUAAUAUAAUUUUUUUGUGGAAAAACCAAAAGAAAAAAGGAAAAAGAAAAAUUAAAAACAAAAGUUUAAAUUAACAUUGUAAAAGUGUAACGAACAAAAUAAUUAUAAAUAAAAUAAUAAUUUCGAAUUUUACAUUUUAAUCCAAAACUGUUUUGAAAAGUUGUAGAAAAAUUACCUAAUUAAAAUAUUAUUAAUCGUGUAAAAAUUUUAAAAUAUUUAAAAUAUUAUUAAAAUUCAAUAGACACAAGAAAAUUAAUUGACGCUAAAUUGAACUUCAAAAACAGAAAAAUUUUAAAGGAGUUUUCAUUUUUAUUUUAGAAUACGUUGGUAAUUUUGAAACUUUUCGAACUUUAAUUUUGUUCAACUAUAAUUUUUCGGUUUUAUUAAAUUGAAAACUAAAAAGGACAAUACCUGAAAUUUUGUAUUCGAAGGAAUUAAAAGAGAAUUUGCGUAUAGAAUUGCAAUAAUUUUCAAUAAAAUGGCAAGAAUUUCCAAUACAUCUUUUGAUAUGAUCCUUUUAACUAGCUUUUUAGUUUGUGCAUUCGGUGGAGCAUCUUUAGCUGGUGAAAUUGAACAAGCUAAAUUUCGACGAGGUGGUAGUGGUACAGUUGGAUUAUUUGCAUUCCCACGUGUUGGACGAAGUGAUCCGAGACUACAAGCUUUAUCUAUGGAUAUGUUACCUGAUAAUUCAUACGAAGAAUAUGAUGAGAGACUGGAAUCAAAACGAGCCGGUUUAGUACCAUUCCCCCGUGUUGGUAGAUCAGAAGGAUUACAGUUACGUAAAUUAUCUAAAAUUGCAUCACUUCAACAACAAAUGGAUAAAAUGGAUAAAAGAACUGAAAAUGCUGGUGUUAAUGGUUUAUGGUUUGGCCCAAGAUUAGGCAGAAUUCAAAAGCGAAGUACAUUUAAUAAUGACGAUGAUAUUAUGUAAAUACCCCAACACCCCAAUAUUGUUUAUUUUAUCAUACGAAUUUAAAUACUCCAGUUAAAUAUAUAAAAGGAAAAAUUUAAAUAUAUUUAUUAAUAAAAAAUAUAAAAUAUUAACGAGCCCUAAUUAUUAUUUAAGAAAAAAUAUUAUAAAAUGUUAAAAACAAAAAUAACCAAAAAUGAAAUUUUCUUUUAAACUUCUUCCACAUUUUUUGACUAAAGACAAGUUUUAGAUGCCAACACAGCAUUCAAUGAAUUUUUGAACAGAAAUGUAAGAAAAUCAAAACUACAAAACAAAAUCAACUCGAAUUAAGAAAAAUUAUAAAAGCGGCUGGUAGAAUUUUUUCAUGAUAUUUCAGAUAAAAAUUCCGCUAUAAUUUGGAAACAUUAAGUUUUUUGUUUACUAUAAAUAAGUUCCUUGAAUCUAACAGACAUGAAUGAAGGCUCCAAUCCAAUUUCAAAAAAAUCAAAUGAAUUUUAUUUGUUAACAUUUUUAAUGCGGAAUUUUCAUUUGAAAUUUAUCUAAAAAAAAAAUUUUAAUAAAAUUUAAAUUUUUCUUAAUUUCAAAUUGAUUUUAAAUAAAAAAAUUUUGUUAAAAUUUUUCUGAUUCUCCUGUAUAAAAACGAAAACCUACAAAUUUAUAAAUUUAAAGAAAUUCUCUUACUAAAUGUGAUUUGCUCUUUACAACAGAAAUAAAAAUCAAAUAAAAUUUAAUAAAAAUACACACACUAAUUGUUAAAUAUUUGUAAUUAUUAAUACUAACUACCUACAUAUAUUGUACUAAUAAAAAUAAUCUAAUGCCAUAAUGCAAAAUAAACAACAUUUAACAUAACACUAUUAUAACAUAAAUAUCUGUUAAUAUUUUCACCAUGGAAAAAAAUAUGGUGAAAAUCUUAUAAGUACAGCAGAAAAAAAAAAAAUCGAGAGGAAAAUUUUUUAGAUAUUUAGGAAGCAAAAAUGUAAAAAAAAAACAAAAAAAAAUACUUAAAUAAUUUAAAAGAAAAAUUUAAUUAAUUUUAAAUAUAAAAAAAUGAAUAUGUUAUACUGUAAAA